AUGGAAGAACUUGAAUAAUACUAUUAAGUCAUCAAAGUCUUAGGAGCUGGGGGUUUUGGGAAGGUAGUUGAAGCUGUAUACAAAGAUGGGGGGAAAGAACAUGUGGCUAUUCUUCCCAAAAAGGAUUAUAAGGUAGCCUAGAUCUUGUCAGAAGCCUAAAUCCUUGCUAAGAUGAAUCAUCCCAAUAUAGUUCAAUUUAAGAAUGUCAGAGAAACAGAAAGCAAGCUACUUAUAGAAAUGGCCCUUAUCAAAUAAGGUCCGUUGAAAGUGCGCAAAUAUACAUAAUAAGAAGCUAGAAUCAUUAUGACCAGUAUUUUCAAAGCAGUCUAAUUUAUUCAUGAACAUGGAGUGGUGCAUCGAGAUCUUAAGCCUGAGAAUAUACUAAUUGUCGAUUUUGGAUUAUCGGCUGGACAAAUUGUAUUGCAUGGACAAUGUGGGACCCUUAUUUAUAUGGCUCCAGAGCUAUUUAGUUAGCGUGUAUACUCUAAGCCAAUAGAUAUUUGGAGUUGUGGAAUUAUACUUUACUAAAUGCUAACAGGGAAGCACCCUUUAUAUAAAGGAGGAGAGCAUUCGCACGAUUAUAAGAAGAAACUACUAGAUCCUAAGUGGGAUUUCCCUGAGGAUUUCGAUCCAAUGGCAAAGCAUCUAUUUUUGAAAUGCGUUUCGAUGGAUCCUAUUCAUAGAUAUAGUGCAAACUAGAUCUUAUAACAUCCUUGGAUUACGAAUUCCAAAACAGAUCCAAUCCCAUUAACUCUACCAGAGAUGUAUCGAGCAUUCACUGCCAGAGAGUAGAUUCUCCAGAAAAUCAAGACCAUUAUGCUUCUAGUUUCAAUGAAAGGAUUGAAAGUAGAUACGACGUAUUUGAUGAAGCAAUCCUAAAAAUUGUAGACUAACACUUCAAAUUUAUUAGACAAAGAUUACAUAAAGGAGAUGCUGAGGGAACACUAAGCAUUAAAAGAAAACCAAAAUAUUCCACCAAUUAAAUAGUAAUUGAGAUACGAGAAGAUAUUAUAGAGGAUCCAAGAAAAUGGAGCUAAAGAACCUGAAGAAAAGUGUGUAACUAAAAAUUCUGAACAUGUGCACACUAAUGAAAAUAGUCAACCUUCUUCCUCUCAAAAAUCUUUGAAUAUCAGUGUUAUCCAUCAUGAUUCACAUAAUAAAGAUCAACUUUAUAUUUAAACUGGAAACAAGCAUCAUUUUAAGAAGAGACUUUUCAAGAAAACACAUUAAAGUGAUAAAAAGAGAUUAUCAAAUCCUUUUGAGAUACCUGCACUUCGUUCAAGAUCCACAACAGCUAAUCAUAAAACUGAAUUGAAGUAGGUCUAACCAUAACACUUUGAAUCUCCUAAAAAACCGAUCUCUAUGGUUCGUCCCUUUAAGCAACAGUUUAAUACUUAACAACAAUAAUAACAAAGUCAAUCUCCAAUCAGAAAACCUCCAGAUAUCAAAAAUAGGAGCAACAGUUCUACAAAAAAAUUAAGUAUGGUAGAGUAAGAGUGUGUAGAUGCUUACCGCUUCGAUUAAGAAAAAGUUGUACAUAGUAUGUUCAUGCCGAGAGUGUUUAAUAAAAAGAUACUGCCCUUUUCAAGAAAUUUUUAACAAAGACUUCCUGUUCAACCCCAAAGUUUAGAGUUGAACGUACUUAAACCACCACUACCCAAAAAACUUAUCUGA